AUGUUUUAUGUUUACAAUAACUCGGGUUGGAGUUGCGUUGUUUCAAUACAUGAUUCGAAUAUCAAAUUUGCUCCACCUAAUCAGCAAGGUUACAAUUCAGUUAAUCCCCAUCCCGCAGUAAUAACUUUCAAAUUUUAUGAUGAUUUUGAGUUCGGACUGCAAAUUAUGAUAAAUGUGACGCUUAAAGAAUAUUCAAUUGUUUCUACUCACACUUCUGAUGAUUGGAUCUCUAGACUUGAUCAAAUUUACGUAUGGCACCCUUUUCACGUUUUGGCAACAGAUGAUGACAACCAGAAGCAUUACGAGAUACAUAGAGCUCACCAAGAGCCAGAUUACUUCUUCGUUUCUAUACUAAGUAACUUAGAUUCCCAUAUAAUUUCGAAAAAUCUUGAUACAAGAAUGAUUUCAACCUCUGGAGUAAUUACGAAAUUCCCUGUAUGCUUAAGAUUAAAGCGAGGAUCAGCAGGACUUAUUUCUAUCCCUGUAAAUCAAGGAAUUUUAUGCUUUUUAAUUCAAAAUCACAAAUUUAAAUUUUUAAAGGGAACAAAUACACUUAUACAAAUCAAAGAAGGCGAGAAACUCGUUAUUUACCAUCCUUUGCACGAAUUAUGCAAAGCUUCAGUAAAUUAUCUUGUUAUUCCGAAAGAAGUUAAUUGUACGUCAAUUCAUUACAACAGACAAGACAAAAGAGUUGUAUCUAUUGCCGAUUAUACUGAUCCUUGGAGUGUUUCUUCAGUAUCUCAAAAUGAAAUUGGUUCGGUUUGCUUGUUUUACGCGGCCGAUGAGCGCCAGAACGUCAGAAUCGACUACAAAACCAAUGGUUCGGACUAUUUUUACUAUAUCUCCCCUGAAGGAAAACAAUUUCUUUCAUCGUCGGAAGGAAGUGUCAUCAAAACAUCAUCCAUCUUCUUAAUUGAACCCAGAAAGGCAUUACCUGAAACAACUCUCGCAUACUUCAUACUCAACGAUGAGUCUUUGUCGCUAAAAGGUUCAUCAACCAUAAUUCCAUGCAAUAAGAACUGGUCGACCAACGAAGCGUUCUCUGCAAUUAACAACCCAAGCGAAAUUGUUGUCGAUAGUUCGUUUAUGAGUUUUUCAUUUUCAUCGACUUUGAAACUUUUCUUCAUUUGUCCUCAGUCCCUCUUCAAACUAUGGAACUCUACGCCAAGAUUACCUUCCGAGCUGAAAGCGACUGUUUAUUCGAGCCAUAAUGAACUUAUCAAAGUUUUACCACGAGAUGACAUAAGUUUCAAAUUUGAAGAACAGCCAGGAUAUAUAUUAAUUGAAGUUAAGACAACAGAGACCAUUUACCAUUCAUUUGUCCUUCAAAACAACACAAAUUUCAAUUCUCAGAAAUUUAAGUGCAAUGAUUUCAUUGUUACCUCUGAAUUACAAAGCCACUACUCACUAGGACACAAAUUACAGCACGCAAACGCCACUUUCCGCAAAGGAUGGAAUACUUGUAUCUAUUACAAGCGAAUUGCAGCCCAUCAGAUCACUAUUUCUAAUCCAUUUACGUCACAGAUCAAAAUCACGGCCUAUAACAAUGAAAUGUCCGAGAUAAACGUAAAUGAAGAUUUACCGCAAGGAUCUACACUUCUCCACAUCAAAGUUUUGAAUCCUCCGCAUGCAGGGUACAUCAAAAUCAUUGAUUCCUGUGUCUCCAUGUGUAAAGCACUUCACCCGGCCACUCAUUUCUUUAAUUUGAAUUCAGAAGCGAGCCAAGUCGAUGUUUUGAGUCUUCCUGAGUUUGUUUCAACGAUAAAGUCCAAGAAGAAGAUUAUUCUGUUUGUUUUCUUGUUCAUCGCCCUGUUCCUCAUGUUGUUUCUCGCCAUCGCUUCGUGGAUGAUCCACUGCUACAUCAAUCACAGAUUUGGAAGAAGGGAUGAAUUGAGACUUUUGAGCAGAAACACUUACGACUACGAUGCAGACAUAAGAUACCCUGCUCCUGGAUCUAUUCCAUUCCCUAUAGCACCUGCAAUGCAGAUCGUACAACCUGCUGCAUUCCAACCUGUUUAUCCUGCUACUUAUUACCUUCCUGUAACUUAUUAA